AUGAAUCUCCUCGGAUCAAACAUAACAAGCGAAGUUGGACUCCGUCUGCUCCUUUGUCCUAUUGGUUCCAACGUCGUAAUUCGAACAGCAUGCUGUACUGUCGGAGUUGCUUUGCCUGUGUACUCUACGUUUAAGGCAAUAGAAAGUAAAGAUCAGAAUGCUCAACAGAGGUGUCUUGUUUAUUGGGCGGCCUAUGGUUCGUUCAGCCUUGUUGAAGUGUUCACAGACAAGCUUAUUUCUUGGUGUCCUAUGUACUAUCACCUGAAGUUUGCAUUUCUUGUCUGGCUUCAACUUCCACCCACCAGUGGAGCAAAGCAAUUAUAUGCGAAUCACUUGCGCCCCUUCUUGAUGAGGCAUCAAGCGCGAGUCGAUCAAGUCUUGGAUUUUGCAUAUUGUGAAGUGUUCAAACUGGUCAGUUCAUACCAAGCAGAGAUCAAGUUUGUCAAGAGCAUGGUUGGAAAGAUUACUGGAUCAGCGGAACAAUUGCUGAGAGGUACUGAUGAAUCAGAUAGAUCGCAGCAACAUAAUUCUGCUGAAGACCCUGACUUACCCUCUGAUACUGAACCUGACCAAAACCGUAAUCACUGA